CCUUCUUACUUCUCCUAUAUUGGAAGUAGAAAUUAAAACUGCUGUCUUCAAGGGCUCUUCUAAUUCCUCCCCGAGGCUAGAUGGAUUCAAUUAUUAUUUUUACAAAUCUGCUUGGCACAUUAUUGGUCAGCACGUCUGUAAGGCCAUCAGAUACUUCUUUCUCAAGGGGCAUAUUCCUAGUGGGGUAAAAGCUACAACUCUAGCUAUUAUUCCUAAACACAGAAAUGCAACUUCUAUUACUGAUUACAUGCCUAUUUCUUUAUGCAACACUAUUUACAAAAUCAUUGCUAAAGUUAUUGCUUGUAGGCUUAAUCCUAUUAUGCCUUUUAUUAUUAAAGACACGCAAGCGGGGUUUGUGAAAUUUAGAGUCUCCACUGAUAGCAUUCUACUUGCUAAUGAUAUCCUCUCUUUGGUCAAUAAGAGAGGGGCCG